GCUUCGAAAACCAGUCCGACGUCGUGCUACAGGUCUUCCGCCUCAAGUUUUCAUUUUCUCACGAAUCCCCUCCUCCUCUCAGGCAUGGACCCCGGAGACUUCUUUGCUCAUUACCAAGCUGCUGCUGAAGCUUCUGUCUCGAAGAAGGACAGCAAAAGAGCUCGCGGGGAAAGUAGCAAGACCCCUUCAAAGAAAGCCCGAACAGAAGACGCUCCCACCGACGCCCCCUCCAAAGAGAACUUAACACAUCCGCCUGCCCCCGAGCAGCAAACUCCCACGACUGUCGACCCUCAGCCUUCCUCAAAGGCCGCAGACAAAGAGACCACGGACCAAUUGUCCGAAGGCUCCCUGCCCAGCCACAUAGUUGGCAUGGCCAGGGAGAGAUUAUAUCGGCUCUCCAAGCACAAGCGCGCCCAGGUCGCCAUCACUAACACUGCCACGAUGGACAUCAACGAAAUCAUCAACAGGGAGCUGAACGAGAUAGCCAGUGGGUUUUUGUCCUUGACUGCCAGCUGGCGUCGAGCCGGGGCGAUGGUUUCUCGAGAGAGGAACUUUGACUCCAGGCUUGGCCAGGCCACGCAAGCGCUUGAGAAUGAGAAGGCUAAGCUGCUUGAGGAGAACAGGGAGCUGGUUAAGCUGAACAAGCAGCUAUGCGAGGAUCAAUCCACUCUCACCCGAGAGCUUCAGGAGAGCGAAGCGGCCCGGAACAAAGCCAUCGACGAGCGGCACAAAUGGAAGGAGAACUGCAAACUCACCACCCAAGAGUGCAAGCAGCUCACACUCGACCUGACCGCUAGCAGGGAUGAGGUAAAGAAGCUUGAGGAACGGGUGCGCGAGCUCGAGGAGGACGGAGUUAAAACUCUGAAGAAGUAUAAGGAAGCCACCUUCCUCAGCUUCUACGACCUCUGGAAGCACAAUCGGGAGGCAGACAUCAGCUAUCUCUCCAAGCAGUUGCAAGAGACGCUGAUGACGCAGUGUGUUGCUCGGCUGGAAGCAGAAGAGAAAGCCAAGGCCGCCAAGGCCCAAACUCCUGCUGCUGCUGCUGUGGCUAAACCUCCGGCUGGUCCAAACGCUCCUAAUCCAGAAGGCCCUCCUGCUCCCCAGAAAAAAUUAAUAUUUAUUUUUUCUUUUUUUUUCGCUUUAUGGCCUACGGAUCUUUUAGUAAAGACAAUCCUUUUUUAAUUUUAUUGCUGCGAGGGCAGCUCUUUUUCUUAUGUUUGAACAAUUACAUCCGAGCAAUAAUGCUCGCGGUGUAAAGGUUUUUAAUCCUUUUAAUUCUAUUUUUACAUCCGAGCGCUAAUGCUCGCGGUGUAAACGUUCGCCUUUGA